AUGGAACUGCCCGAUAGACAACAGUGUCGAAUCUUUGUGGUAGCUCCUGUGAAGGGAGACUACAAGACUGCCGAGCUGCUAUUGCAUGAGAAAUACUAUGAACACGCACUCAACUCCUCAGGAGCAACAUGUCUUGUCGGCAGGAUUGGUUCACAUUACAUCGUCUUGGCCGGCAAUAGCGAGGACAUACUCGACAUCGCAGCGUUUACCAACGACACGGUCAACGAUAUACUGAAACAGUUCCCCUCAAUCAAAGCCGGCUUCUUGAUAGGAGUCGACGGAAUAGCGCCAGCGGCCGGGAUUGCCAGGACAGGCGAUGUCGUUGUCGGAACACCGCAAGGUAUUGAACCAGGAGUGGUCCAAUUUGAUGGUUCCCAAACAGCACAGCUUAAUCGCCUUUCUGUCACCCACCAAAUGGCAAGGCCACCCACCGCAGUCCUUUCUGUUGUCGAAGAUCUAAAGUCCUGGCUGGGCCGUCUGGAAUGCCAAGAGCAAUUUUUCAAAAAGUCAAUGACCGUCUACAAUGCUGAAACCGAGCAACAGAACUUGAGUUGGAGUAACUCCGUCAAAAUCUUACAUGGCAAGGUUGCAUCUUGUAACCACGAAUCCCCGAAAGAUGAAACACUACAUAGAACUGGCUAUAAUAGCAAGGUUCUUUGUUUCGAAAGAGCGGCGGCCAAGUUGAACUUUCAACUACCAAUCUUGACUGUCUGUGGCGUGACGAAGAAACCAACUUCAUCCGAAGACACACCAAAGCAAAGAGCGGGAACAGCUGCUGUAACAUACGCACUAUUGGUGGCCAGCAAAAUAGAUCCCUCCCAGCUUGAGAAAGAGCACACUUUCACCGAUAUAUUCUCCUAUGAGCCGUUUGGACUUGAACGACCAGGCUUUCGUCUUAUGCAACUCCACCAAGGAACUCAGCCUUCAAUCCAGUGUAGCCUGUUUCAAGCUUAUCUCGACGAAGAGGCAAGUAUCAUGCCGUAUGAGGCACUUUCAUACGUUUGGGGAAGUCAGAAUACGCCUUGCGAGAUUACCGUGGAUGGGAAAACGCUGUGCAUCACGAUCAGUCUGUAUGACGCUCUGUGUCACUUGAGGCAGCCGCAUGAGGAUCGGAUACUCUGGGUCGAUGCUUUAUGUAUCGACCAGAGCAACAUCAAAGAGCGCAGCCACCAAGUUAAUCAUAUGGGCGAAAUCUAUCGGAAGUGUGAAAAUGUCAUCAUCUGGCUUGGCUACCUUAGCGGCAAUGCGGCUGAUCUAAAGACGGUGGUUGAUAGGUUUUCAAUGAAAUUGCCCUCUGAAGCCUUCCGAAAAUGGCCUCGGGGUGAUCAACGAUGGCGAGAUCAAUGGCAGCAAAUAAAAGAGAGCCUGGGCAUAACCGACAACAAAAGACUUCUCAAUGGUUUGAAAAUUUUCAUGGAGAAUCCUUGGUUCACAAGAGUCUGGGUGCUUCAGGAAGUUGCUAAUGCCAAGAGAGCUAUCGUUGAGUGCAAUCUAGGGAAGAUUUCUGCGAAGCUGUUCGCCCUGUUGCCCCAUAUAAUUGAUUCACCCGUCAGUGAGCAAUGUCAAGCUGUCCUGGACAUUAUGCCCAGUCCCUUGAAAACAACAACGUGGUGGAGUCAAGACCGAAACCUUUGCACGUUGCUGUGUAAGUUCAAAGGAAGUAAGGCUUCAGAUCCUCGCGAUAAGGUUUAUGCGUUACUUGGAAUGGCGUCCGACAUGGAAUUGAGCAGCAUCGAGCCCGACUACGCUAAAGAAGAGCAUGUGGUUGUGCAAGAGUUAUGUGUGUAUAUCUACGGAAGCCAGAAGCCAGCCAACACUUUUUCAACUACUUCGAUACGGGAAUUACAAUCUCAGCUUUCCACAAUAUCAGCCCGACUACUCACCGACAAGCUUGAACAGCACGUUACAACAGAUUGCCUUCUGAGAUUCCUCAGCCGCCAGGGCAUGGUGAAAGCCAUUCAUAAUGAUGUGUUCCAUCAACUACUUGAUCACGGAAGUUUCCCCACAAACGCCUACCUGGACAAGUGUGAAGGUCCCAUUCCCUUCAACCUCGACGUUGCCAAACGAACCUUGUCGGCCUUCCCUGAUGUAUUUGAUGUCUUCGAGCAAAGACACCAUAUCUCACCGGGCCUGACGAGGAAUAUUCUGUCAUGGAUGGCCCAGGCCCGUCACCAUGGUCUACGACCCUUUCUAGAACGUGCGAGGGGAGCAGUAGAUCCCGGGUCGGAGCUUGUUAUGAAUGUGAUGGCUUAUGGGCCGACCGAUCGCAUUUCACUUCUAAGAUCGGUCUUCGAGGCAUUUCGAGAGCCCAUGCAACUAGAUGAGAAUGUCUUCCUUCUUGCCAUUGGGGAGGACAAGACAACUCUCAAGCUCAUUCUUCAAAACUGCCAACAACCAAUUGUGAUCCCUAAGAAGGUUCUCGCUAAGGCUGCCUCGACUGACGUCGAAACUCUGCAGAUCAUUCUUGAGACUCCCAGAAACGCCGUCCACCUAGAAGAAGAAACGUUCGCCGCCGCAGCUUCACAGAGUCUCGCGACAGUUCGGUUUCUUCUCGAUCACUGUGAUAGGCCAGUAUUAAUCAGCAGGCAGUUCCUCCGUGACGCCAUCAGGAUUGGUACGGAUAUUCUUGAGCGGGUUCUUAAGAUGUCCUCUGAGAGUUCCACAAUGAUAGAUGGAAGCCUUCUUGCCUUGGCGGCCAAACAGGGGCCAAAGACACUCAGGAUCCUUCUUGAUCAUUGUCAUGAUCCCGGUCACAGAGUUAGCGAAGCUAUACAUAGCGCUGUGAAAUAUGACUCUCGCACUCUGAAGACACUUCUAGAGCUGUGCCCCUGCAAAGUUGAGUUAGACGAGGCCCUCUUUGUCUGCGCCGUGUCAAAGGGUCCGAAGGCACUUCGUCUUCUUUUCCAACACUGUAUCCUGCCUGUUAAUUUAACGGACAGGAUGCUAGAUAUUGCCAUUGCGAGCGGCAUAGCUAUACUAGAAGAAAUCUUUGAAGACUGGGCGUCCGAUAUCGAGACCUCGCCCGCUAUCAUAAAGAAAGCCACCAUGACUGGCACGCAAGCUCUAGAACACCUUAUCAACAAUGCGGAAAGUAAGCUUCAAAUCACUUAUGACAUCCUGGAGCAUUCAAAAGUAUCAGGACCGUCUCACCAAAUGCUUCUAGGGGUUCGAGCAUCAGAAAGAAAUAUCACUGAAGACGAGGCAAUUCGAGCAAUUCAAAGCGGUCCCGAAGGCUUCCUGGAAUUACUUAAUCGACAAGGGACUAACUUUAGACUCAACGAGAGGAUAUGUGAGAUUGCUAUACAGCACGACUAUGCACUUUAUUAUUUACCAAGGAAACGGCCGAGUGAAUGGCUCAUCUUUCGACCGAAAUCGGGUUCUUAUCAAUUGGUCAACUCUGAAGAGGAUGAUAGUCCUAUGAGGGCUAUCAGGGAAAGAAGAUUGUUCACAACCUGGGAAGACUCAUUGUUGGAAAGCAGAAAUGUCCAGGAACUAUUUCCUUUCGAGCUUUGA